UGAGGUGAAAUCGCACACUUGAGCUAUUCUGGUAGCAAAUUCUCUCUAUUGCGGUAAUGUCUGUUGGGCGCUUUGUCUCUGGGGUAUUUGUUCGAUUUUUUUGGCUAUGGCUCGAAAUAGCACGUACACUUAUGUCAGCCACCAGCUAGCGGCUUCGCACAUUUCCCUUAUGUACAUGUGUUAGUCCAGCCGUAGACAAGAAAUUUGGACAUGCCAGACGAGAUUGGGCUAUGCGUGUUAUGUCUAUGAGAUAAGUGACAGACGCAACAUAUAAUAUCAGAACAGACUCAACAACGCUAGCGUGUGGCCGUGUGUGUAAUGAACGUGUACACAAAACGAGUUCUCGAAUGGGAAACGAAGUGCUGAGUUAUCCACCGUGUUCAUACUCCUUCUGUGACUAUUAUGGAGCAAAUGGAGUCGCAAGCUUUUAAGCAUAAUCUGGACAAGGUUCUCAAGAGUUACCAGACUGUAGCCAUGUCGAGUUUAGGCGGACCUAGCAGUUACAGUGCCCGUUGGGCAGCGGGCAGCGAGGCACUGGCCAUCGCGAGGAAACUAGCGGGACUGGACUCGGUGACUGCCUUGCCGUCUCCCGCUGCGUCUUCGGACGCACGCAGCGUGGCUAGCCUUGGUGUGGCCUUGAGCAAGCCCGCAGAGGCGCUCAUGGCCGGCCCUACCGCCACCCCGGCCACAACUACAGCCCAGCCGCCCAAGAAAUCGGCCGCCAAGUACCUGGAUUUCGACCCGCUGCUGCACCCACCGCCGUUCCCGAUCCAGCAGAUGCCGGUGUUCACCCCGAUCGACCAGUCCUCAGGCGAGAAGUGCGAGACAGUGCUGGAGAGCGAAACUAUCUCCUGCUUCAUUGUGGGCGGGGAGAAGCGGCUCUGCCUCCCCCAGAUCCUCAACAGCGUCCUGCGUGACUUCAGCCUGCAACAGAUUAAUGCUGUGUGUGAGGAUUUGCAUAUUUACUGCUCGCGAUGCAGCCCUGAGCAGCUGGAGAUACUGAAGAUCACCGGUAUCCUGCCCGCCAGCGCCCCGUCAUGUGGCCUCAUCACCAAGACAGACGCUGAGAGACUGUGCAACGCACUUCUCUACGGCCUAGUGGAUGACAAGCAGUACGCUCUCCCCUCCCCACGCAGCAAACGUGGGGAACAACUCCGAGAAAACUGCUUCCCCGUUUAUCACGAGUGCUUUGGCAAGUGCAGGGGGGUGUUCAUCCCGGACUUGUAUGCGACUCCCCACGCCCCCUGCAUUGAGUGCUGUGAGUGCCAGUACGUUUUCACCCCACAGAAGUUCGUCAUGCACUCGCACAGGGGCAAGGAAAAUCGUACCUGUCACUGGGGCUUUGAUUCGGCCAAUUGGAGGAGUUACUUGCUGGUGUCGAAGGACCAGGACGGCGACAAGAAACACCAGGCAGCCCUGGAUGACAUGAAGGCCAAAUUCGACUUUAUCAGUCGAUUCAAGAGAAAGCAUGGUUUUGACGAGAAUGGCAAUGCCAAGAAGAUCAAAGUGGAGGAAGAGCCCUACAGCAAGGAUGCCAUCAUCACCUCGGCCUGGUCAGCGGACGGGAUGGCCCUGCAGAGGCCCUCUGCCUUCAGGCCCUGGUCCCCCUCGGCCCUGGGUAAAGACAGCAAGGGUCUGCCAGAGCACGGGACCGUCCUGGUCCGAGACAGCCGCGGCAUCCCAACGUACCUCAGCAUGGGUCCGCCGGUGCUACUCAACCCAGAGAGGGUGGUGCCCCAUACUGCGGCAUCCAAUUAUGACAGUCACUAUGCCCCCAAUGUCACUUUGGCCCCGCCCAGCAAGCCAGAAACUCCUCAGAAGAGCGAUGGGCCAGACUCAAAGGACUCUAGCUCCGAAUCAAGAGACAGAUCACCAGAAUCUGGAGGCAGCCCCGCCCACAGGAGGCGGCUGGAGGAAGAUGCAGUUGCCACAGAGCCCAGUAUGGAGCAAGAGAUUGAGCUGGUGCGGAGUAUGCUGGAGGGGGAUGCGGUGGAGUCGCGCGCCGGCCGGGAGAAGCUGCUGCAUGAGCUGGCGCGGAUCCGCAUGCGACAAGAGGAGAGGUUGCAGGGUGCCCUCGCUGCUAAGAAAGAUCUCCAGCAGGAAUUGGAGUUUGUCCGAGCCGCAAAGAAGGAAAAGCUGCGCGAAGCUGCCGAGACCAAGCGCAACCUCCGCAAGGAGAACGAGCGGCUGCGCACCGAGUACGAGCGCCGGCUGCGCGAGCUGAGCGACUCCAAGCAACACCUGAAGAAUGAGCUGGAGUCGCUGCGAAACCGCAGAGGGUCGCACGAGGGCGGCGCCGGCAAAGAGCGCGCCCGGCUACGUGCCGAAAAUGACUACAUGCGGGAGCGGCUGGACGCCGUGGAAGCCGAGCGGGAUGAGCUGCAGCGACAGCUGGCAGAGCUGCACAAGGUGCAGGCAUCAGCGAUGAAGAACAGCGAAAUCAAGGACGCGAUGAACAAGAAGUAUGACAAGGACGAUGGGAAGCGGAAAGCUGACACCAUGACAACCGAAGGUUGCCCGAAAAUGAACAGCCCCUCCGCCAGCCCUAAAGUCGCCACCAGCGCUUAGAUAGAAGCAGAAUGUGGAGAGAAAAAUGGUUAAGAGGAACCAAAGGAACGACGAGGACUUCAAAGUUGGGAUGGCAUAGGAUAUCUUCCGGUCAGGAGUCAGUCAAUUUAUGGUAGAGGGAUGCACUGUAAAUAAUGCGAGAAGUUGAAUUUCAGCAGUUGGGGGGGGCAAGGUGCGUGUUGCCCCAGCGCGGAGGAGUGCAUGAACUAAAAGUGUAAUGUGCAUGUACAUAAACGUUUAAGCAUCAACUUUUUGGGAAGUAGUCUUUGCCAACAUUUUUAUAUAUAACAGGCGCUGGCCUUUUUUUGCACGCAUUUUGAUGCAUGUGUAUUUGGAAAGAGGAAAUUGACUGGAAAUUAAAGAUGGGAAUUUCUUACAUCUCGUAGCUAAAAUUUCGUAGCUUGUUCACCUCAUGUACAAUGUAAAAUUUAAGAAACAGAAGUCAAUUUGUCAUCAAAAGUUUGCUUUGAAAACUUCCAAUCAUUGAAAUCUACCUCAUUUUUUGCUUUUAAAGAAAAAGAAAAGACAAUACAAGCUUGUGUGGAAUGAGAAAUGCUAUAUAUAUAAAAUAUACGGUGAUUGAAUUGCAUAAACUUCCAACAAGAGUGCUGCUAUAUUAAAAAGCCAAUACAAAUUGUCUCAGUAUAUAUAUUAUAUUUUUUUCCGUAGCGACAGCCAAGUGGUGCAUUUUUACCUCGAGUGUUAGGGGGAAAUAUGACUAUUUUUUGUCGUUGUUUUUCCCGGGGAAAUCAGGCAUUAGAAGAGAAAAAAAGGUUGGUUAAUGGAGAUUUUUUUGUUGCUUGUUGUUGGAAAAAAGCUGAUAUUGAUAAAGCACAUGCAUUUAAAGCACCCGUUGAUGGGUGUGUGCAUACUCGCACUGGCAGAGAAGACAAAUCAGAGAAUGCGUAGAUCGUGACGCCAAGUGUUAAACUUAAGACAGUGGCCAGUAUUAUAUCCCGAAACGCACGUAGAAAAGAAUAUGUUCAAAGGUAUUUUUCAAUGUUGGUUGUACAUGUGUUCAGUUGUGUCUUAGUAAGUUGGACUUGGCUUCAGGUCAUGCUGCGGGGAUGUGACCUAUGACCUGAUCCGACAGGGGUUGGUUUCUGUAUUGCUUGAAAAAAAAAAAGCGGUUGUUACAAGUGUAUAUAUAUUCAAAUGUUUUGGUGCCUUAUGUAUCAGACUGGAUGUUUUGGGACAUUUUAUGCUGCAUAUUGGAGAUUUUUGUCACGCUUUAUCAUUUUUCUGGUUUUGUUUUGGUUUGUUUCGUUUCAAAUUUUUUUACGCGUUAAACUGUAAAGUUGCUCACCAGCUUAAGUUUUGACUUUCUUUGUACAGAUGUAGUAUACCUUCGUCCAGAAGGUAAUGGUAUGUUCCGGUGUUGUAAUCAACAUGCAGAAACGGCAGGUCAGGGUAUUUGGAUUCAGGGGUGGAUGUUAUAACUUGUGAAUAAAAUAUAUAGAGUAAACAGAUACAAAAUAUAUGGAGAUGAAAGCCAUAACUGAUACCAAAUUAACUGCCCUGUUGUUUGCAGCUCAUAAAUUUUAUGUUUAUAAUUUUAAAAGAUUGUGGUUCUAAUUUGUCCUCAUUUUAACCAUUUUUCCUAUUUUUUUCACAUAUUCAGAAUCUUUUUUGGGUCAGGAGAUACUUGUUGUGAUGCUUGUUGCGAAACGAUAACACUGUGGUCUUGGUUUUCCUGAAAUUCCCUGAUUUUUUGGAAUUUCUGAAAGAAAAAUAGUAUGGACAUAAUGCCCCUUCAAACCAGGCGUGGUAUUUUUUGGAGCCUUAAUUUGUUUCAAAACAUGCUGCAGGUUUUUUCUUCUGAAGCCUCCUCACAUCCGCGUCCAUUCCUUGUUUGAGUGGACAGACAUUCCGGUGAAGCUUGGAUCAGUGCCAAUUUGCUGCAGGACAUGGGGACAAAGUCAUUACUUCCCCAAAUAUUUACCUUUUCCUCUGAAAUAUUGCAGAUUGUACAAUAACGGCUCUUUUCUCGGGCUUAAUCAGGGUGAGAUUCUGGGGAGCAAAGAUCACCAUGCCAACUAGUUGUAUAACCUGAUGAGAUUGCCAGGGAAUUGGGCAUUUGCCAAAUCAGGCAUUUUGGUGUUUUCCACAUAAUGAAACUUUGAUUAGCUGGCACUGUAUAGUUUCCUUCCCCCUCUGCUAAUCACAUUUAGACCAAUAUUGUAACAUCACGCUCAAAAAUUUACAGGGAAUACAAAGGCAGAUUGCAGAAACUGAAUUACACAUCACGGGUACAACAUUUGAGAAAUGCUCUUUUUUGGUAUUGAUGUAUAAACAUGUAUAUGUAAAUCAUUGGCUAAAAUAAAACUCAAGUGAACCUUGCAAUGGGUUGAUUUUUCGUUCUAAAAAAUAUGAAUAAGACCGUUAUUGCAUCUUUUCAAAAGGUGGGAGUAUUUAUCUCCACCUAAGCUUUGUAAUAGCUUGUCAUUUGGAACUGAAAUACAAAUUAGGAAGCCGAAUAGAUUGAGCUAUAUUUUUUUCUUGAUUUUUUUUUUUUACAAAUGUAUAACAGUAAUGUGGCAAGAGUGGUGUAUAUUUGCAGUAAUUAGUCAGCGGGAUUAGCCCUUUGUGCGUGGCUGUACGCACGCUGUACAAUGUUGAAGUUGGCUUUACAACAGGUGCUCUUUAUCCAAAGAUUGACCUUGCCUCAUUGAAAUACUUUAACCCAGUUGGCUCGCUGUUGCCAGUUUUUAUAAAGACUGAGGUGGGGACAGUAAUGUAAAGUUCCACAUCGAUUUGGGCGAGUUGUGCAGCACACGUCUGUGAGAACUGGCACAAUAUUGUCUGCUCGAAAAGUAAAACCGAUUUUGGGAAAUUGGACAAAAAGCAUAAGGCCAUAACCUGCGUGUACAAAUUGCUUCCUUUAAAACCGCCUGUUUGGUAAGGUUCUGACUGGAGAGUUGGCAGGCAUCACCUAGGCCUGUAAAACGCAAGUUCAAAAACACUUGUACAAAUUUGAAAAAAAAAAAAGAAAAGGAAAAAAACGUCGCUAGGUAAACAGAUGCUGCAUGAGUAAUAAAUUUAAAUAUAAUAACAGAAUGGUUUUGCUUUUAUGUGUUAUGUAUCUGUUCUAUUUCUUCUGCUGUUGUUGACUAUAGACUUGUCAAGAUGGAGACGAAAUUGAAAUGUAAUUAUUUUUUUCUCCUUUUUAACAACAUAGAUGUUCCAUACGGUGUGAUUUACUGAAGUAUCUUAUACAGCUUCUUUACGUCUUCAGUUGCAAACAUGUUAUUAAUAAUUGCCAACAAAAACAGUAGUGUGUAUUGUUGCUUUUAAAAUCAGUAUUUUUUUUUUCAGAAAUGUUUUACCACGAGAGAUUUGAUAUUGGCAUCUUCACCUCAAAUAGAUAACUUUUAUCCUGCGUUUACUUAUAAUAGAUAUUGUAAGCUUAAACCGCAGCUAAGUAAAAAUGAUAGAUACUUUGAAAGUAUGACUGUUAAUGCGAUUAAGAAUAGUGGACAGUUAUUGUGUCUGGUGCCUAGUUGCUGUGGUACUAAUUGUGAAGGGAUCAGCCUCCCACUGUGGCACCAGUCUGUUUUGAUGCCAAGACACGGGGCAUUUUGGGCAAUAUGCCUUCGGUUGUUGCCAAUUGACUGCACUACAAAUGACCAGCCGCAGCCGCAAACAGAAGGACUGACUAAAAGCAGUUGUCAGUAGCUCUUUGUGUAAAUUUGUCAUGCGUGAACAGCGAAACCCCAAGCUUUUCAGUUGUAAGAAUGAAUGUAAGGUAUUCAUGUAGAUUUUGUUUUGGCUUUGUUCCCCCCCCCCGUUUUAUUGUUGUCCUUGGUCUUGUGUUUGAAGGGGGAGAGGUUAUGCACAAGAGCAUGCAACAAAGCUAGGAUUUGAUGUGUACAUGUAUACAUUUUGUAGAUAUGAAACUUUAUGCAUUGUGCUGGUUUGCUAAUACCAUGCCCAAAUCUGUGGAUAAGUCGUCUGCCCUCCCCCCAAAGGAUAGGUAUUUGCCUCACAUCAGUUGUAUUAAUGUCACAUAUACAUAUUUAACGGUGUUCUGUUGGGUCCUAAUUAUGAGAUACAGGAGUUGAUUUACAAAACGAAUUUCGCUCACCUUUUUUGUUUUUUUAGCCAUAAGGAUUUUCUCAUGAGUAGGCAUGGCUAAAGCUUUGUGAAGUUUAUUGUACAGUAAAUGCACUUGUCAUUGAGUUGUUAGAGACGUUUGUGGUUAAAACAGCUUUAUUACCUUACCAUUCAUUUUAAAGUUUCAGCUUCUAUGUAUAAAUUAAAAUAACCUGUGUAUACUUAACUCGGCUGUUCAUGCAAAGUAUGUUAUAUUGAAAAGCAAAUUCAAAAUUUAAUUUGUAUAUAUUAAUUAUUAUAUUGAUAUUAUAGCAAGCGAAAAGAAUUAUUUCGACACGUUAUGUGCUUGUAUAAUGUACAAUGUAUAUCAUUUUUUGAGUCUGCAAAUAGGACACCACAAUCUGUAACAACAUUAUUACAAUUAUGUGACUUACAGUCGUGCCGUCAGAACAAUGAACUGAAAUUGUCACGUUGACUUUGUACCAAGAAACUAGCUAAAACUAUCAAUGUCAGUGGGUCGAUUAUUGCCGAAGUGAAAGAUUUGUUAAGAAAGAGGGAAAGAGGUUUUGAAAACGGUACUGGGAAUGAGCCAGUUCGGUAUUUCAACGGCGCAUGCCCAAAAUGAAGCGCGUCUGGGGUCAGGGCGUCCCCACACAGACUCGCGCGUGUGCUUUGUUCGUUCUGGGUUUUUUUUUUGUUUUCGUUGUUUUUUUUUUUUAAAUACUGAACUGGCUCAUUGUUUUGGUACGUAUUAGUGACCUAAGCGUGACUCGUCUGGGCUUGUAUUGAAACUCCGCAGUGCUGGCCUUACAUAGUGCUGUGGUGAAAAAGUAGUGAUUGAAAAAGAAAUGAAUUGGACUGGUCAAAUAAAAUGUAUGCUUAAGCUACCUCAGGGAAGAGAU